AUGAGCAUUCAACCUUGGUUUGGUGAGAAUGAAACCGAAAAAGUGAAUGCGAAUUUUAUGGUGCUGCCAAAAGAGAGCAAAUGGGAACCAUUAUUUCCAAUUAGAGAUGUUCCGUGCAAACCAUUCGCGAAUCCACUUAAACAAUGUUUGGCGGAUCCAACAUUUUGGAAAUCAUCCGGUGUCUCGUUACUGUUGGGCGUUGAAAUAUGGUCAAUGAUAAUUGAAGGAUCGUCGUGCAAAUUAGACAAUCGUGUGCUGGCUCAAGAGUCAAUAUUAGGAAAUUUGAUUUCCGGCCGGGUGGGUGAGCAGAAUGGUGAACAAGUGCAGAUCAUUGAAAGUAAACAUGUGUACAAUGUGAAUGUGAGCGAGCUCGAGCAAAUCAUGAAAAAAUUCUGGGAAUUUGAAGAUUUGCAAUUGUGUUCAACAAAGAGCGUUGAAGAUGAGUUGACAGAGCAAAUGUUUCAGGAAUCACAUUAUCGAGACGACUUAAAUCGACAUGUGGUGAAAAUUCCAUUGAAACCGACUGUGCAAGAGCUUGGCGAUUCUCGUGGCAUAGCGUUACGUCGAUUUUUUGGUUUAGAAAAACGUUUCGCUAGAGACAAAGACCACCAUGAGCAAUACAUUGAAAAAAUGCGCGAGAACAUUGCAAAUGGUUAUAUGAUCGAGGCUACGAGCGCUAAACAAGGAGAUAUGGUAUAUUACAUACCACAUCAUGCAGUGAGCACCGCUAAAAAAUUCAGAAUUGUGUACGAUGCGAGUUGCAAAACAACUUUGGGCAUUUCUUUGAAUGACGCGCAAUUCAAGGGGCCAAAGUUGCAACGCAAUCUGUAUGAGACUUUAAUGCGUUUUAGACGCCAUAAGGUCGCUAUUAAUGCAGAUAUUAAAUCAAUGUUUUUACAAGUGCGUUUAAACAAAGAGCAUUGGGAUUUGCAGAGAAUUUUUUGGCGCGAACAUUCAAAUCAGCCACUAAAGGAAUAUUGGCUGGUUGUUGUUAUAUUUGGGAAUGCAUCGUCACCGUAUUUAGCUGUGCGGUCGAUGUUGGAGAUUGAACCUCAAUUGCAAGAGCAAUUUCCAGAAGCAGUAAAUGUAAUCCGAAAUGAUUUUUAUAUGGACGAUUGCAUUACUGGAGCAAAGGACCAAGAGAGUGCUAUUGAACUGGCCGCGGGUAUCAAAACGGUUUUGGGUAAAUCCGGUUUUGAGCUGCGAAAAUGGGUCUCAAACAAUGAAAGUUUAGUGCACAAAAUGGAUGGAGAAGAGGCUGUUUCACAUCUGUUUGAAGAGCCAGAUCAACCAUCUGUAUUGGGUUUGAAGUGGCAAAUCCAAAAGGAUGAAUUUACUUACGAGGUCAGAGAUUAUCAAAUGAGCGUUAAACUGACAAAACGAACAAUUUUAGGUCAAAUUGGUCGUCUUUAUGACCCGAAUGGUUUUAUUGCACCCGUAAUUACUCGAGCAAAAUUACUUAUGCGCAAACUAUGGGUAUCAAAAUUAACCUGGGAUGAGCUUGUUCCAGGUAAUAUAGAGCAAGAAUGGCUUUCUAUUUGGUCAACUAUUGUGGAUUUAGAGCAAAUCCGCAUCCCACGUUGGCUUGGAAUGGAAUGUGAUGUGCAAUUGCAACUACAUGGCUUCGCUGAUAGCUCUAAAGAAGCCUAUGGUUGCGGUAUGUAUUUGAGAAUUCAGAAGUUGAGCGGUCAUAUCUCGUGCCUUAUGAUCGCUUCGAAAUCUAAAAUAGCGCCGAUUAAAGAGGUGACAAUUCCCCGAUUGGAAUUAUCAGCGGCAGAAUUAUUGAGCAAACUUUUCAUUGUUGUGCGCAAUUCAAUGGAGCUAAAACAAGUGCCGUAUUUUCUAUGGUCGGACAGUACUAUCGCGUUGCAAUGGUUGAAAAAACCCGUGUAUGAGCUAAAGGUUUUUGUUGCAAACCGAGUGAAAACAAUUCAAGGGUUGACCGACGUAGAAAAUUGGAGGCAUGUGCGAACGGCGGAUAAUCCAGCCGACUUAGUGAGUCGCGGAUUGUCUGCCAAGGAGCUUGUGCAUAAUAAUUUAUGGUGGCAUGGUCCAUCAUGGCUUUCGAAGCCUCAAGAGCAAUGGCCGGAGCCAUUGGAUGUAAGUAAAUUGCAAUCAUCCAUUGAGUUGCAGGGCGAGUUAAAAGUGCAUGCGGUUACGCAGGCAAAGGCUAACCAUGAUUUGACAAUAUUCGUCAAAAAUUUUGAGCCAGAGGUAAUUCGCUUGAUGGAUUAUUCAAAUCACUUUCAGAAAUUGACUUGGAUAUUGGGUUAUGUGCUGCGAUUUGUUAACAAUUGUCGUAACAAAACGCGAACGAAAAAUUUGUUUCAAAGGCAAACAAGGAGCAAAAAGGCAAUUCAGAGCGACAAGAAAUUGCCUGAUCCGCUAUAUGAGAAUGAGAAAAGAGAAGCGUUGAAAUUUUUCAUUCAGCAAGAGCAAUUGAAGGCCUUUCCAAAAGAGUAUAAUUACUUGAAGGAUAUGACAAAUGAUGAGCAAAUAACAACAGUACAAAAGGACAGCAGUAUCAUAAAACUGCGGCCCUUUUUAGACAAAGAAGGAAUUUUACGAGCAGGUAGUCGUUUGAGCCAGGCUGACUUGCCAUAUGACACCAAAUUCCCAGUGAUAAUUGCAUCAAAUUCUCGUUUGAGUUAUUUGCUUGCAUGGGAAGCGCAUCGCGCCACAGAGCAUGGUUCGAUUCAGCUGAUGAUUCAAUAUAUUCGCACGAGGUAUUGGAUCCCUCGAUUGCGAAUUGAGCUAAGAGCAUACUUGAGUAAAUGCAUUAAAUGCAUUCGUCAUGUGAAAAAGUUCGAGACUCAAUUGAUGUCUGAGCUACCUGCGGACCGAGUGCUUCAAAAUCGACCUUUUUUGAUAGCGUCUGUGGAUUAUGCCGGUCCAUUUGAGCUGACUGAGCGUUAUAAGAGCAGAUCAACUAAGCGAAAAUGUUGGAUCGCAAUUUUUGUGUGCAUGGUGACACGUGCUGUUCAUAUUGACAUUGUUACCGAUGCAUCAGCAGCAGCGUUCAUAGCAUGCUUUGAUCGCUUUGUUGCUAGACGUGGUCACUGCAACAAGAUUUUCAGUGACAAUGGUACCUGUUUUGUUGCAGCAGACAAAGAGAUUAAGGCAGCCUUUGUGCAUUGGCAUUCACCAGCCGUUUUAGAGCAUUUGAAUAAAAAGGGCACACAAUGGGUGUUUAUGAAGCCGUCAGCACCUCACCAAGGUGGAAUUUAUGAGGCGGCAGUAAAAUCGUGUAAAUAUCACCUCAGAAGGGUGAUUGGAGCAAAACCAUAUACUUACGAGGAUUUAAUCACAUUCCUAGUGCAGGUAGAAGCAGUUCUCAAUUCACGUCCAUUGUAUGCUAUGAGCGAUGACCCAACGGACAUGCAAGUGAUAUGUCCAGGUCAUUUUUUGAUCGACUAUUUGUCAACGCUAAUGCAGCGCAAAAAAUGGACUCAAGUGCAUGAGUUCAAGGUUGGGCAAUUAGUACUGAUUUGUGAAGAUAACAUUGCACCAACUUAUUGGCAAAUAGGGCGCAUUCAUGAGCUGAUACGUAGCAAAGACGGUUUGGUACGUUCGGUUGUUGUUUUAUUGCCAACAACCCAAGAGCGAGCUAAAAGAAAAACACUCGUUCGACCGGUACAGAAAUUAUGUUUAUUGCCGGUCGAAGACGAGAAAGAGCGUGAGAAAGAAAUCGCAGUGAUUGACAAAAUUUCAGAUGGCUCGAGCAACUCAAAAAGCUGA